UCAGUCUGUCAACCGUGAUGUCAACAUUAGCUCUGAACAUUCAAAACUUUUAAAAUAAAUAUAUCACAAUGGAGAUUGCCAACGCCGUGGGGGCAACCCCUGGAGUGAACCGAACUGCUCGUGUAAUGAUGGAAGGAGUCGGUGCUCGCAUAAUUCGCGGCCCCGACUGGAAGUGGGGCAAACAGGACGGCGGUGAGGGCCACGUAGGCACCGUCCGCAACUUUGAGUCGCCUGAUGAAGUCGUCGUAGUAUGGGACAACGGCACUGCCGCUAACUAUCGUUGUUCUGGUCAAUACGACUUGCGUAUUUUGGAUAGCGCCCCCACGGGGGUGAAACACGAGGGCACGAUGUGCGACACGUGCCGUCAACAGCCAAUCUUUGGAAUCCGCUGGAAAUGCGCGGAGUGUGGCAACUACGACCUGUGCUCUGUCUGUUAUCACGGAGACAAACACCAACUCCGGCACAGAUUCUAUCGCAUUACGACCCCCGGAAGCGAACGCGCAUUUCUCGAGACGAGACGCAAAAGUAAGAAAAUCGCGGUACGUGGAAUUUUUCCGGGGGCGCGGGUUGUAAGAGGGGUGGAUUGGCAAUGGGAGGAUCAAGAUGGGGGCAACGGACGUAGAGGGAAAGUCCAGGAGAUACAGGACUGGUCUGCGGCAAGUCCAAGAUCAGCGGCGUACGUUGUGUGGGACAACGGGUCCAAAAAUUUAUACAGGGUGGGAUUUGAAGGGAUGGCCGAUUUAAAAGUUGUGAAUGAUGCAAAAGGACAAAAUGUAUACAGAGAUCAUUUGCCAUGUCUUGGAGAGCAAGGCCCUGGGCGUUCAGGGCCUCCAGGGUUGAAAAUUGGGGAUCAAGUCAAUGUUGAUUUGGAAUUGGAGAUUGUUCAAAGUUUGCAACAUGGACAUGGGGGCUGGACUGAUGGAAUGUUUGAGUGUUUGAAUGGGGUUGGGACUGUUGUUGGGAUUGAUGAAGAUCAUGAUAUUGUUGUCGCUUAUAGUAGUGGGAAUAGGUGGACUUUUAAUCCCGCCGUUUUGACUAAAGUUGCGACUCCUACAAAUUCAGUUGGAUUUAAUGAAACCCCUCAACAACAAUUUGCGGUCGGAGAUAUGGUUCAGAUUUGUUCAGACAUGGAACGCGUGAAAAUGCUUCAAAGGGGGCAUGGAGAUUGGGCCGAUGGAAUGGCAGCCACACUUGGAAAAAUCGGUCAUGUGCAACAAAUCUAUAAUGACAACGACCUCAAGGUUGAAGUCUGCAACACGACCUGGACCUACAACCCUCUCGCCGUCACCAAAGUGGCUAGCAAAGACGGUACAAUGCACGGCACGACUAGUGGCGAGCGACUCAGUGCUCUUCUUAAAAAACUUUUUGAGACCCAUGUCUCCGGCGACGUMAACGAAGAACUCGUCAAAUUUGCCGCUAAUGGUGACGCUCAGAAAUGUGAGGAAGUUCUAAAACAGAGCAACACGUCUGGUGCCGGGAUUGGACCAGACGUGAAUGGGGUUUUCGCCGGUCAUACGGCACUGCAAGCCGCCAGUCAGAACGGUCAUUUGGAAGUAAUCACGGUGCUUUUGCGAUUUCAUGCCGACGUGGAGAUCGAGGAUAAAGACGGAGACAGGGCCGUACAUCAUGCGGCUUUCGGGGAUGAACCGGCUGUCGUGCAGUUGUUGGCUCAUGCCGGGGCUGAUUUGAACGCGAGAAAUAAGAGAAGACAGACAGCGUUGCACAUUGGGGUUAAUAAGGGGCAUUUGGGGGUUGUGAAGAUGUUGCUGGAUUUGGGAUGUCAUCCGAGUUUGCAGGACUUGGAAGGCGACACACCUCUUCACGAUGCUAUUUCGAAAAAACGCGAUGACAUGCUGACCUUGCUUCUGGAUCAUAACGCCGAUAUCACAUUGACCAACAAUAACGGAUUCAACGCCCUCCACCACGCCGCUCUUCGCGGAAAUCCAAGCGCUAUGAAGAUCCUGUUGGCUAAGCUUCCCCGACCCUGGAUUGUUGAUGAGAAAAAAGACGAUGGUUAUACUGCCCUCCACCUCGCGGCCCUCAACAACCACGUCGAAGUGGCUGAACAACUCGUCCUCCACGGUAAAGCCAACAUGGACCUCCAAAACGUCAACCUCCAAACCGCCCUCCACCUGGCCGUCGAACGCCAACACACCCAAAUUGUCCGCCUUCUUGUCCGAGAAGGUGCCAAUUUGAAUAUUGCCGACAAAGACGGCGACACACCACUCCAUGAAGCUCUCCGUCAUCAUACUCUUUCGCAGUUACGGCAGUUACACGACGUCCAAGACGUCGGCAAACUUCUAAUGGGUUUAGGUACUCAAGGAUGCGACAAGAAGUCGUCGGCGAGUAUCGCCUGUUUCUUGGCCGGAAACGGCGCCGAUUUAGAUUUGAAAAACAAAAAAGGACAAACGCCUUUAGAUCUCUGUCCCGAUCCUAAUCUAUGUAAAACAUUGAAAAAGUGUCACAAAGAUAAACAAAGCGGAGAGAUGGACAUGGGACCCAAUCAGAACAAUCAAAGCACAAAUAUCACUUCGACGCUCGACGAAUGUUUAGUGUGUUCAGAUGCCAAAAGAGACAUGCUUUUCCAACCUUGCGGUCAUGUGACCUGUUGUUCUUUAUGCGGACCGAGGGUCAAAAAGUGUCUCAUUUGUCGCGAAUCAGUCAGCAAUAGAAUCAAGAUCGAAGAAUGCCUCGUUUGUUCCGAUAAAAAAUCGACCGUUUUAUUCAAACCCUGCGGUCACAUGUGUGCCUGUGACAGUUGUUCUCAAAUCAUGAAAAAAUGCGUUUUAUGUCGCGCGCAAAUCGAAUUGAUGGUACCAUUGGCCGUUUGUAGUGGUGGCUUGGGUACCAUAUCAGAGGUAAAGGCGGACACCGAAGAAGAACCCAAACCUUCAACUAGCGACGCAGGCCAAAGUCAAGGACCUCUUAUGAAUAACGGAGGGAGAGACACUAGCAAUAAUAGCGAUAUACAAAAACUUCAGCAACAAUUACAAGAUAUUAAAGAACAAACAAUGUGUCCCGUCUGUUUGGAUCGCCUAAAAAAUAUGAUUUUCCUAUGCGGACAUGGAUUGUGUCAAAUGUGCGGUGACCAGAUGACCGAAUGUCCGAUUUGCAGAAAAGCCGUCGAAAAACGGAUUCUAUUGUACUAAUUUAUCUCUAGUGUUUGAACUGGAAAUCGAUCUAAUUACCAAAUACGAAUUUCAUGCCGUAAGAACGACAAUAUCAAAUAUUUUACACUCGAUCCUUUUAACUCGACUGAAAUUCUUUUGUUAAUCUCAAAUCUUGGUGCCUGCACCAGUGUAAUAUUUUUUUUUAUUUAGGUUAAAUCAUAAUAAGCGUUGUAGCACCGAUGCAAUUACAGUACCAUCAAUUAUAUGAUGCUCUAGAUGACAUAAGAAUGAAAAAAUACUCCGAGAUGUAAAAAAUUCUUCACUUUUUAACCAACACGCGACGAAUAUUCAUUUUCAGAUAUUUAUUAUCCACUGUUAGGUAUAUUGUUAUCAUUUCAAUUGUAUUUUUAUACAUUAGAUAACAGUUAAUUAGUUAAUCGAAUUAUUAUUACUAUCACUAUUAUUAUUGCAGCCCCAGUAAGAGUAAUAAAAAUAUUACUGAAUUA